UACUUCAGUGGCGACGAAAUCGAACUGUGAACGCGUGUGAAACGUUUUUUUUAGUGGACGAGAGUGAAUAUCGCAGUGACAAUGUCGGUCGGUAAGAUUGGUGCUUUCGAUGUCCAUAAGGAUAAUUGGGACUUGUAUGUGGAGCGCUUGGGACAAUUUUUUUUGGCUAACGACGUUAAGCCGGCAGUGCAAGUACCAACUUUAAUCACCGUCAUGGGUAGUGAAGCGUACGAACUCAUGGCAAAUUUAUGUUCACCGGACAAACUGUCAACAAAAAAAUAUGAUGACCUCGUGGCACUUAUGAAAAAGCACCUACAGCCGACACGGAGUACCAUGGCCGAACGAUUUAAAUUUCGUCAGAGGGCACAAAGAUGUGACGAAACCAUUGCAGAAUAUACUGCGGAGUUAAAAAAGUUAACAAAAGAUUGUGAUUUUCAAGAAGCCAAUUUAAAAGAUAAUUUACGAGACCAAUUUGUGUGUGGCAUCCGUAAUGAUAGCAUUCGGCAAAAGUUAUUUACGGAAGAUAACCUAACAUUUGAAAGAGCAUUUAAAAUGGCGGUGGCGAUGGAAGCUGCGGAAAGUCAUGCGGCGCUGGUACAGGACCGGUCUAUAACAGAGGAGGGAGUAUCAUCGUCCAUGAUGGCAACGGCAGUGCAUCAGCUGGCCGCGGUGAAGCGGGACAAGCGGCAGUCGGCGGAGGCGGCCAGUACAGAGCGUUAUGGACCGCGCGGUCCAAAGGUCACGCAGUGCGACGGUACAAAGGGCGCGGGCGCGGGCAAGCGACGAGCCGUUAGGAACAGUGCGCACUGGAAGGGUGCACAAACGCAACAAUGUUCGGCGUGCGGAGGGCAACAUGGGCAGAGCUCGUGUAAAUUUAAGGCCUACGUGUGCAGAGUAUGUAACAAAGAAGGGCAUCUUAAGAAAAUGUGUCCAAAUUUGAGGAAAAACGUCGCAUUUCAUGCGAUGUUAGAAGAGCGGGCAGUCUACGAGUAUUCAGACAGGGACAGUAACGCCAGUGACGAGGUAAAUAACUUUUCUAUAGAGGCUAAAAAGUUUAAGAAGUAUGGGCCUUACAUGGUGCAAUUACGAGUGAAUAAUGUAAAUUUAGUAAUGGAAGUAGAUACGGGCAGUCCGAUAUCUUGUAUUAGCUAUGAUUUUUAUAAACAAUUAUUUUCUGAAUAUUGUGAAGUGUUUGAAGACGGCUUGGGAAGGUUUACCGGCGGAACGGUGGGGUUCCGGCUGCGCGAGGGCGCGGCGCCCGUGUUCCUGCGCGCGCGGCCGCUGGCGUACGCGCUGCGCGAGCCGGUUGAGCGCGCGCUCGAUCAGCUGGUGGCGGACGGUGUGAUCACUCCGGUAAACUCGUCCGACUGGGCUACGCCUAUUGUUCCGGUGAUGAAAAAAGAUGGAACCAUUCGGAGGAAAUUAGAACAGCUGUUCGGAGAUUUACCGCGUGUAGGUAUUUUUUUAGACGAUCUGAUAAUAACCGGGGAAGAUGACGAAACGCAUUUAAAAACGUUACACGAGGUGUUCAGGAGGCUCAAAACUUACGGUCUGAAGUGUGAUGUGGUGGCCGGGCAUCGACGCGGACGUGGAGCGUGCCUGCAGGAGCUGCGGCACGUGCGCGGCGGAGAGCUCGGCGCCGCCGCGCGCGCCGCCGCAGCCCUGGCGGUCACCUUUGCGGCCGCAUACCAUCCGGCGUCCAACGGGGCCGCGGAAGCGGCGGUCAAGUUGUGCAAGCGGGCAAUUAAAAAGGCUAUGCGGGAUGGUGGCGAUAUAGAUGCAGCGUUGCAGGCUUACCUUCUAGCGUAUCGAAAUGUAGAACAUAGUACCACAGGGGUAUCACCGGCAGAGCUACUGCAGCGUAGGAAGCUUCGUUCCAGGCUAGACUUGUUAAAGGAUGGAUCGGUAGAAGACAGAGUCAAAGAACGGCAAACAAAGCAAACGAUGGAGCGAGAAAAUUCUGCACUGGUACCCGCGUGGCGAGACGACAUCGUCGCCGAGGCGGGCAUCACCUGGACUCGAGUAGCCGCCGACAGGAACGAGUGGAACAGGAGGGAGGAGGCCUAUGUCCAAAAAUGGACAGCCCAGUAG